GGAAUGAUUGGUCAUUUGUAUGGACCUAUGGAGGGAAGAAGGCACGACUCUUUUAUGCUUGCACAAUCUGGUCUACUAAACCAACUUCAAACAUUUUGCUUUACUGAAGAAGGCCAACCUCUAUGUCUAUAUGGAGACCCAGCUUACCCAUUAAGGGUACACCUGCAGGCUCCAUUCAGAAAUGCUGUUUUAACUCAGCCGAUGAAAGAAUUCAACAAAUCUAUGAGCAAAGUUCGCAUAGCAGUUGAAUGGCUUUUUGGAGACAUCGUGAACUAUUUUAAAUUCAUGGAUUUUAAAAAGAAUUUAAAAAUUGGCCUGAGCUGUGUUGGGAAAAUGUAUAUUGUUUGUGCAAUACUACGCAAUGCAUUAACUUGCCUCUAUGGAAAUCAAACCUCAGAGUAUUUUGGUCUAAGCCCUCCCACUCUACAAGAGUAUUUUGGGAACUAUUGACUAAAGACAUUGUAGAUAAAACAUUUAUUGCACACUCUGUAAAGUACAGUACAAUAUUAAAACCAUAUAACCUUAAACGUUUAGUUAUCUCAAGACUUCAUAGAAUAACAAAACAAUGUUCACUGUUUUUUU